AUGUCGGAUCCGUUCGCCCCACAAGCGAACACUCGGCAGACAGAUAACACCUACUUGGCAGCACUUGAAAAACGUCUAAAAGCCGUGAAGGAUAAGAAGAAAAUCGAUUCAAAGUCGAUUUUAAAGGACAUCGAAUCGCUGAAAAACGAUCAAAUCUUCAAACUUUUGUCUCAACCUGAACCUGAACAAUCAUCUGAAGAGCAGAAAUUCGAAGACGACUUCAUUACACAGGACAAACCAGUCAAGCCCAGCCUCAUCCGGCAGAAAAUCGCCCCGCACACGUGCGCGAUCAAUAAAAACGAGCUCGCGCACAUUGUGAAAUUCGAUUUGGCGCAAAAGCUUCACGAAUUCUACGGGCAGCUUGACGAAAGCUUGGAGGAUCGAGAGGAGUCGCACGAGAUUCUUCAAGAGCUUCAGGAGUUGGGAAAUGAGCUCGAAACGGAACAUCCCCGGCUUAAACCCGACGAAGCUGUCGAAAAAUCGCUCGAGACGGGCUCUAAAGCUAUUUAA